GGGAGGGGGUGGUGGUGGUGGUGGUAUCAUUGAGGUAUAGAUGGGAUGUUUCCAUCAUGGCGGCAUCCAUUUCGGGCUAUACUUUUAGUUCUGUGUGUUAUCACAGCGCUAACAGCAACUCUGAUCAUGAGGGAUUCCUUUUAGGAGAAGUUAGGCAAGAGGAAACUGUCAGCAUCAGUGAUACACAGAUCAGCAGUUCUGAACUACUCCAAGUAGUAGAAGUCCACAAUCAUGAACCUUGUGCACAGCUAUUUAGCUUUUAUGAUUAUGCUGGACAAGUCAAUGAAGAGAGUCUUAACAGAAUUCUUAAAGACAGACGGAAAAAUGUCAUCGGCUGGUACAGGUUCAGGAGGAACACGCAGCAGCAGAUGUCGUUCAGGGAACAGAUCAUCCAUAAGCAGCUGACCCAGCUCCUGGGUGUGCCCGACCUAGUCUUUCUCCUCUUUAGCUUCAUCUCCACAGCCAACAACUCCACACACGCCCUGGAGUAUGUGCUGUUCAGACCCAACCGCAGCAGGUACAACCAGAGGGUGACCCUCAGCAUCCCGAACCUGGGCAACACCAGCCAGCAGGAAUACAAAGUCUCCUCUGUCCCCAACACCUCACUCAACUAUGCCAAGGUCAUCAAAGAGCAUGGGGCUGAAUUCUUUGACAAAGACGGUGUGAUGAAGGAUAUCAGAACAAUUUUUCAAGUCUACGGUGCACUACAAGAUAAAGUGCAAGCUGUAUGUGGAGAGGUUGAGCAGAGUGAACGUGUGAAAGAGAAAGUCCAGGAGGAGGUGAACAAACUCAAACAGCAAAUUGUUCUCAGGAAACGAAAAACCACGGAGGAAGAGAGAAGACUCCAGGAGGCGCAGAACCCUGAGCCACGUCCCACUCCUGAGGAGAACACAGAGCCCCCGGAGACCUCCCUCCUGUCCAGAGUGGCCUUCCACUCCCCAUCCACCCCCGAGCGGCCAGGUCCUUCCGCAAACCCUCCUGCCUACGCAGACUUCCUCUCCUUGCAGGACGACUCGCUUCUCCCCUCCUCGUCCUCCCCUACCAGUGCUGCGCUGCUCCCCCGGCCCCAGGCUGUGGGCUCCCCAGGCCACCCUUCUCCCAGCCCACUGGGUCUGGGCCUCAGUGCUGGUCCAAGCCCCAGUACGCCCUACCUGGGAAACGGGGACGGAUCCAGCUCUGACUCCCUGGACAGACAGGCCGCAGGGCAAGAGGAUGACGACGAGGAGGAAGAUGAUGAUGAUGAUGAUGAUGACAGCAGCGAGUAUGAGAACCUUGUGAGUGAGGUGGGGCAGUUGCCCCCUGUUACCGCCAGUGUGUUGGCGCAGGGCCGCCCAGCCGCCCUCAGUCCGGACGGCGACGCCUCAGUCCGUGGCUCACAGACCUAGUAGAUGGGGACAUGGGGGGGGACAAAAUUAACUGACGCACCGGGAUAGGAGGGCGUCCCAACCAAUGAAAGAUAAUUAUUCUAUAUUACAGAGGACGUGCCAGCCCUGAAAAUAAAAGGCAUGCGCAGGUGGUAUAUUCCGCUGUGUAUAUCUGUUUGUCUUAGUUUGAUCUCUAUUCUGGGGGGAAUGUCAGGCAUCAUGGGGUUUAACUUUUCUGUCUAGCAUGGAAAAGCUAGUCCGUUGGAGCCUGGCUCCCUUCAGUGGAUGUGUUUUGAUUUAGGGACGGAGGACGUUAUAAUGGAAUAAACGCCAACUGGUUUGUCCGACCUCUCCGUAUGGAUAGACCCACUCCGCUUCUCCUGGAUCAUGCUGCGUCACAUCUGCAUCACCAACUUUAAGCAUCCAAUUGUACCAUUACCUCUUGCACUAUUUUUGCUUUCUUUUAACAAUUUAAGAAAAGCAAAAGGAAAAUGUCCUGCGGCCUUCAAACCUUUUUUUUUGUGAGACAUGCAAGUGGUUAUUAUUUUUUCUUUGUUUUUUUUGGGGUGAUUUGCUUAUUACAAAGAAAGAGAGAUGCAGGUAACUGCCAAAGUAAUGGAAACACGUGAGUAAAUGAGAGGUAGAAAGUCUAUUGAAAGCAGGUGCUUCCACACAGGUGUGGUACCUGAGUUAAGCAAUUGUCAUCCCAUCAUGCCUAGGGGUGUGUAUAAAAAUGCUGGGCAGGCCAUUAUUUUGGCUACUAUGGCUAUGCCACCAUCCACAGGGCACGAGUGGUUACUGAAUGGUUUGAUGAGCAUGAAAACAAUGUAAACUAUAUGCCAUGGCCGUCUGUCACCAGACCUCAUCCCAACUGAACACUUAUGGGAAAUUCUGGAGCGGUGCCUGAGACAGCGUUUUCCACCACCAUCAACAAAACACCAAAUGAUGGAAUUUCUCGUGGAAGAAUGGUGUCGCAUCCCUCGAAGUUCCAGACACUUGUAGAAUCUAUGCCAAGGUGCAUUCAAGCUGUUCUGGCCCAACGUCCUAUUAAGUCACUUUAUGUUGGUGUUUCCUUUAUCUUGUCAGUUAUAUAUGUAAACUAUAAUUUUGUUAGCCUGCACGGUUCUGACACUCAACUUUGAACUGUCAUUAUUAGGAAUUAAUUUCCUUUAACAAGCGAUGUAUUUUUAUGAAUCAUGCUGUUGCCUAUUUUGAUGACAAAGAAUAUAGUUUUUAUUCAAAGUUUUCCUUUGCCACUACUAUAAUGGGUGCUUAUAUUUGUUUUUAUGACAAUAACUGUUAUUAAUGUCA